AUGCCCCUGAAGCCAACACCUCGUGCUUAUUAUGAGGAGCACAUGGAGUGGAGAGUACCGAAGUACGAAGAGGUACGCAAGAUCUCGCCCAUGCGCACGCACAGUCCGGUGCGUGUGAUCUCAGCCCCAAGCAAAGGCCGUGCUAGAGUGGGCAUCCAGCCUGGAAGGAGGAUGCCAGCCCAAUACGUCUGGCCACCGGUACGCCUCCGAAGUCCAGGCUACAGGACACCUCCUCUACGCACGGCAACCAUCAGGCCCCUGCAUAGCCUAGUCCACCCUGUACCAGCACCCCAAACAAGCCCACAGGUGCGUGUCUCCAGUCUGGCUCCUCCAAAGCCAGCAUCGCGCACCAGGCUUCCCAAGCGGCAGCUCAGUCCAGCUCAACCUAUUCCUGUGCCACGCACAAGCCUACAGUCUGACUCCCCCGAAGCCAGCACCACGCUCCCAGUGCGGCAGCCCAGCCCAACUCGUCCUACUCUUGCCCCUAGCACUAGCCCUGAGGUACUUGGGCCUAUUCCGGCAUCCCCUACGCCAGCCCCACGUACCAGGCCUUCAGUGCACGCGCCUCGCCCAGAUGGCACAGCGACAGCGUCUCGCCCAGAGUGCCCAGCGACAGCGCCUAACCCAGAGUGCCCGACGACAGUGCCUCAGCCCGAGUGUCCGGCACCUAUGCCCGAGAGAGAAGUGUCCCACAGUCCGACGCAGCCAGAGUAG